AUGGAACAGCCGAGCAUUCUCGUCAAAAUCCUGCACUCGAUUCCGCACGUGAAUUACACAUUCCGUCGGGUUAACGACACCUUCAAUCCGGACAGCGAUGUUUACCUCGAGAGUCUGGUCAUCCUGGCAUCCAUUCCCGCUGGUCUGCUGAUCGGCUCCCUGCUGGGCCUGCUGCUCUACCUGCUGACCAGAUGCUGCGAUCGCCGCCAGAGGAAGCCGAGCGCCCAGCGCUGCCAGAGCUGCUCCUUGGUCAUCAUCACGCUGAUGACCUGCGCCGCCAUCGGAUUAGGCUUGUACGGCAACGAUGAUUUCCAUAAUGGACUUCUGCAGGCCUUUGGAUCCGGGAAGAGCGUCGAGGGUCUGGUGCUCACCCUGAAACGACAGACGGAGAGCAUCAAGCACGACCUGGAGACGCGAAUGGCUGGGCACAAGGUGGAGCAGCUGGUGGAGAAGCCGCAAUAUAACCAGACGGUGGUCAUGCUGCUCAUUGAGACGUCGCGCCUGGUCACGGAGAACACUUCGCGGGCGGUGGCCUCGCUGGACAGCAUGGUUCACUACUUUAUGAAGGCCAAGGGCAGCGAGAACGACACCUCGCUAAUGGGAUUGCUUCAGCUCGGUGAGUUCUACGAAUCCAUUCGCUGGCCAGCCACCCUGGCCUUUCUCACUGUUCUCCUGCUGCUCUGUACGGUUUUGGUGAUCGGCGUGGCCAGGCGAUCCCGCUGCACCCUGAUCUUCUUCAGCGUCUCGGGUCUGUUCUGCAUCAUCAUCUGCUGGCUGCUAGCUGGCGUUUAUCUGGCCUCCAGUGUGGCUGCCGGAGAUUUCUGCAUGCGACCCCACGACUAUAUGUGCCGUCAGGUGGGCAUGAGGAGUCCCUAUGUUGAUUUCCUAAACUGCGGCACACCGCGCAAUCGAUUUAUCCUGCGGCUGAACGAAUCCCGGGACCUGGUGGAUCGGGCCAGGGAAAGUGUGGAGCAUAUGCAGCGCAUGAGUCAGGAGACAUAUCCACACAUCGACAUCCAGCGCACUCUGAACGCAAUGGACAAUGAUCUAGAGAUCACCCUGCGCAACCUGACGACGCUGUCGGCCACCUUGGACCGCCGCACGAUCGACCUGCACUACGAGGAGGCACUGCGCGGACUUUGCGGCGGCGGGCUACUGGGACUCAGUCUGAUGAUGGUGGCUGGUCUGCUGACCUCCUUCCUGCUGACGAUCCUCGUGUACGCCGACUCCCACGCCUGGAUCUAUCUGACCAAGCGGCCUACGCUGGACGCGGACAAAUCGGAGACAGCGCCACUAUUUCCCGCCUCGAACGCGCCGAGCGCGAGCAUCUCGCCCACAGCUCCGCUCAGCACGGGGACGAUCAACAGGACGUUGCUCCACCACCAGCAGGCGUCGUCGGGCGGCGGCUCGGGUACCUUGCCGGGAUCUGGAGGAGGCGCAGGGGCUGGCGGAGGCGUUGGCGCCAAUGGACACAAUGGCGUGGGACCGUACCGCAACGGAUCGGCGGGCCUGAGACAAGGGUUGGCAUCACCUUCAUCUCAAUCAAGCCACACCUCAUCCACCGCUACUUACAACAACGGCACCACCAGUUACCACAACAGCCACCAACCACACAACAACCACCUGUACAGCAACCACUACAGCCACAGCAACAACCACUACAACAACACACAGCAUAGAACUAACCCUGCGGCGGGGGCGGUAGCAGCGGCGGUGGGCGUGGCCAGCAGUGGCCAACGAUCGCCGUCGCCGCCGCCUGUCUACGAUUUGGUGCAUGGCACAAGGUCAGGACACCACACGCUAGGACGCCUUCCAUCGCACCACCAGCAAUCGGCGACGUAUUUGCCGGGACCCAACAAUGGAAAGUACGCGACGCUCAGCAAGCAGUGUAAGACGCUCGAGUCUAACGACUUCUACUGAGAUUCGCUUGCCUGCAGUUCCCAUGCAGGCAGUAGCAGCAACACAGCACAGCAGCAGCAGCAGAACUUGCAGCUCCAGCAGCAGCAGCAGCAGAGCAACCUCAUCAAUCAGAACCAAAGCCAGAGCACGCUAAAGAACAUCUUUGCGUCGGCCACCCUGCCCCGCUCGACGGGCAGCUCCAUCCGGUCGGUGCUCUCCGUUCAAACCUCCAAUGCGGGCAUUUGCCGCUCCACGGGCAACGGAUUGGACGGCGACAUGGUGGACGAUCGCGAUCCUAGGGAUGUGACCAACAACAGCUUCAAUCGAUUCGACCCCAAGUACAUAAGCAUUGGCCCCAAGGCGGUGAGGGGUCAGAAUAAUAAUCUAAAUAUUAUGUCCGUCGCCGGCGGUGCCAACAAGUGUGCCACCUUGCGGCAUGUGGGUCGCUAUGGUGGCUCGCUCAAGGGCGUGUCCGCCGUCAAUGCCACGCCCUCGACCGCCGCCGCCCCAGCUGUCCAUUCGCCAAACUUGAGGAGCGCCAAGACGCCGUCGAUAGCCACCGUUUCAAAGGAUUAUUGCCAGCAGCCGGACUGCAUUCCUCAGGAGUUCCUUCUCCAGCAGCAGCAGCAACAACAGCUGCAGCAGCAACAACAACAGCAGCAACAGCAACUGCAGCAGCAGCUUCAGCAGCAACAGCUGCAACUCCAACAACAGCAGCAACAGCAGAUGGUGCCACCCGCUCCGCCACAACCGGCGCCUCCGCCUCCACCCAAACCAAAGAUAGUCAAUACGUUUACGGAAAUUCCCGGCACCACGGGCGUGGGCAGCUCGUAUGCCAAGGAGCAGCAACAACAGCAGCAACUUUUGGCCCUGCAGCAGCAGCAACAACAGCAGCUGCUCGCCCUCCAGCAGCAGCGCGAGCGGGAGCUGCAGCAACAGCAACAGCAGCAGCAUCAAAGGGAGUUGCAUCCACCGACCACCCACAUUCUACCCCCUUCGGCUGUAUACAGCAUCGAGAGUAGUGAGGUGCUGCCCACAGCCGCACCGCGUGCGCAGCAGCGCUCGCUAAAUCCCGCCUCCAUUGUGAACCAACCGCUGCCCGAGAUUCCCACCAAUCAACAACAGUCAAAGAUCUCCGCUCAGCCGCUUUGCGCCGCCAGCUUGGGACAGUAUCGCUCGCUGCAGCGUCCUCAAACCCAGAAAUUGCAACCGGCUGCCAUCUCGCCGCAGCAGCCACCAACACUGCCGCCCAAGAACCGGCACAAAAACAGUAAUCGCGGUGGAGCCAUCGACAGCAGCAAUGCCAAUCAUAUGCAAACCUUGCCGCCCAAGUCAGCCAGCUUGAGACAACAACAGCAGCAGCAGCAGCAGGAGCGCGAAAGGGAGCGAGAACGGGAGCGGGAGCGUCCGCGGAGGGCGGAGACCUUGGACAAUGCCCGCAGCUACAUAGAACAGCAGCAACAGUAUCCCAGCCAUCUGAUAACCAGCAGCAACAUGAAGAAGCAACACUCCUAUGACAGCAGCUACCAUCAGCAACAGCAGCAGCAGGCCUUUUAUCAAAGGCAGCACAACAACAACUUCUCAUCGAAGCAGCAGCAACAGCUAAUGCUGGAGCAGCAGCAGCAGCAACAGCAGGCGCUGUUUUACAGAUCCCUGAAACGGGGAGAACGCGUAGCUGCUGCCAGCGGAGGCGUUACUGGCGGUGGAGCCGCCAUAAGCAACCAGAGCGAUCUGUACUCGGUGACGGAGUUGUAGGAGUGCGCCUGCUGCGGCGGCGGUGUGGAUGUGGUGCGCCGAGGCGCAUCAUCCACAUCGCUGCACGCGGCGGCGGCUACACAAACUCAGACCCAUACCCAAAACCAGACGCAAUCGCAGAACCAGGCGCCUGUUCCCCUGCCACCGAAGAAGCAUCGCCAGCGAGAGAGGGAGCGCAACCUAGAGCGGGAGCAGCAGGCGCCCUGCAACGCCAAUCUGUGUGAGGAGCACGAGUACGAUGAGUUCUACCCCCAGGCCUAUGAAAUGCAUGCGGUUGCAGGAGGAACUGGCGGUCCGACGGGUGGAGGAGCGGCAGCUACUAGCUCUGCAUCCAAGCACGGCAAGCAAAGUCAGCAAAGAGCAGCCACUUUCGAUGUGGCCGAUGCCAGGGACUACGAAUUGAAGCGUUUGGGCAACCGCAGAUCGCAGCAGCAGGCGGCUCCAAGCAAAAGAAACGGAGGAGCAGGUGCACCGAUUGUCAGUCAGGAUCACCACCGCAGCCACGAUCGCGAGCGGUCGCGGAGCGAUCACCGCAUUGCCAGCUAUGCCUGCGAAGAGGUCAACUCCUCAGCGCUCUGCAGCGCCGGCUCCAUGAGCUCCAUGCUGCAGCCCGCCAAUGGAACUGGUCACAGGAGCAGCAGUCACCAGCACCAGCGGGAUCACCAUACGCGGGAUCAGCAGCAACAGCAGCAACAACAGCAACAGCGGGAGCGACGCGAGAAGACCUUUAAGGUAUGAUUUUUAGAGACGUCAUAAGAAUUGUCCAAUCCGCGCCAGGACACCAGAAACGGCAGCUCCCGGCGGCGGACGCGUUGAGGGGUAAAUGGAAAGCUAACGUGGCGGAUUCUACAGCGAUUACGAGACGGUGAACCCCCAGUUGAGCAAAAGGAGCGGCACCAUUGUUGGAGCAUUGGUAUCCGGAGAUCCCAGCCUGUUUUAUGUUUAGCCUAAGUCGCGUCUUUACUCUAUGUCUGUCUCUAUCUCUAUCUCUGUCCAUGUCCAUGUCCACCAGCGUUCUCUCCCUUUCACUUGCGUGCGAAAACGACUCACACACACAUGUAUAUAUACAAGUUUAUAUGUACACCCAGAUUGUAUUGUAAAAAACCGACCUCUUCUGAUUGUUUCAAGUUGUAAAGCUGCUUGAAAGGGGCUGCAGUGUCAAAGGUAGCGGUCGAAACAAAAGCGCAUUGUAGUCACUCCUUUACUUUCGAAUCCAUAUGGCAUUCCCUAAUUGCCAUUUAUCACAAGCAAUAUUUACAAACCCGUUUCUAAUGACUUGCUUGGAAUUCUGAACCACGCUGCACUUCGAGUCUGUCUUAUUGUGCUAUUGCCUUGACCGCUGCUGUGCAUAAAGCCAUGUACACCCAACCUACAACAGUUCUCUGCCCUGUGUUGUUGCCUAUUGUUAUAUAAAUAGUAGAAAACUACGAUUAACUUUUUUGUGACCACUAUUCAUACGUGUAUAUUUUAAAAAAGCCUAAGUUAAGUGGAAUUUAGUUCUAAGCGCAAAACUAUUUAUUUACGGCAGUUCGUAAGCCUCGACCCCAAAAAUAAUAACCAAAACGGUGGAAAAGCGAAGACACAGUCGGCGAAAGGUGACUAGGUGCUCCUGAACAUUUCCAAACGAGUUUUCGUUCAAAUAUUCCCGAGAAUCUAAGUCCGUCUUUGCCUCAGCUUAUCGCUGUUUGAGGAGUUUUUAAUUUUUAAAUGGAGUGUGUGUGUUAUUUUUAAUUUAUUAACCUUUUUUUUGUAUAAGCGAUUUAUGCUGAUUUUUUUUGUUUGAGAAUCCGUUGCGAGAACCACAACAACAACCACAGCGACACGUACGUAAAAUUUUUGUGACGUCAGAAAUCUAAAAAACGAAAACCAAGUAUGAAGAACCAGAAGCAACACUGCACAAAAGAAAAGAACAAGAAAAAACGUAAACGAAACAAAUUUCACAAAAGAAAACAUAAUAUUCAUUAAAAGGUUUAACACUUAAAACAAGCAAAAGCCAACAAGAAAGGAAAAUUCUUAACUCAAGCAAUAUAAAAGAAAACGAUAACAAAAAACGAAAAGAAGCCAUACCAAGUUGUUCGACUAUUUUAAAAGGGAUUCAGCAAAGCAAAAUAAUAAACAAGAAAACAUUUAAACAUAAAAAUACAUAAAAUACCUACAUGUUUAUUAUAGAGCAAGCAUAAGGAAUAUAAAUUAAUCUACAACAACCACAAACAAUGUUCAGGUCAAUAACUGCAUUUAAAAGGAGAAACCAAAAGAAGGAAACCCUUAUUAGGCGUUAAAUUAACGAAAUGCUCUUUUUAUAUACAACUAUAUAACAUGCAAAUAUAUAUAUACAUACAUAUAUACAUUAAACGAAUUGCAAAUACCCAAACACAGACAAACUAAAACACAAAAUAAAGGAACAACUCACCAAAGUUGUUGGCACAGCGGAAAACACACAAACAUUUUAUACAAAACUAACAUAGUUAUACCACACAAAAUAUAAGACACGGAUCAGUUGUGGAAGAAAUAAUUGUAGUGCCAUUAGAGAUUGGAAAAUUGAAUAAAAUUUUAUUGUAAUUAUAAAAUGUAUAAUUUUAGUUAUGUUUUACGAAUGUAUUUGAAGGGUUGUAUAGUCGUGAGAUAUUUGUAUCUUCAAUUUUAUACAUACUUAUGUACUCAAAAAGGCGUAUUCCAAACUAAAUUUUAAACGUAAAACGACCCUAGUAGACCCUAGUAGACACCCUGCUGAAAAUCAGCUUCUAUUUCCGGUGCUGCGAGUGCAGCGAGGCCACACUAUUAUUUUGACCACAGCUGGGAACACAACCAAACAAAAACAAACAGCAAAUUAGGGAAAAUAGAGCAAGCAACAAGUAAGAACUCACAUUUACUCUCUCUGCUGUGCAGAUGCAAAUAAAACAAGGCGAAAUACCAAUUCAACCAUGUUGAAAAAUUGCAGCACGCACACACAAAAGGCCACGAAAAACACUCUCCGAUCCUCCGUCUCGUUCGCUCUCUAGCUCUCUGUCUCUGUCUAUCUAGCUGUCUCGCUCCGUACGUUCCACCCACCACCACCCAUUGUAGUUUGCACAAGUAAUAUAUGUAUUAGCGAAAGUUAACACUCGACGGAAAAAGUUAGUUGAAGAAAUGUAAACACUCUAAAAAAUCUGUUGCAAGUCCUGUUCUCCUGUUCUGUAUAUAAGUAUACCUACGAUCUACCCAAUUCUAUUCACUAAGUAGUAGUUGCAGUGUGAAUGUUGGUGUGUAUGUGUGUGUGUGCUCGAUGUUAGCCAUUACAUUUAAACUUUUUUUUUUGUUUUUAAUCCGAAAAGCAAAACUGUUUCACUGUAGUGUAGUGUAGUUGAUUCUAAGCGAUAAGGCCAAAAUAGAUUUUAAACCUGAAAACCAGACGAAUUAUUAGGAAUCAGUGGGAGAAUACCAAACAAAUAAUUGCAGGAAGUCAGGCAGGCGGCAGGCAGGCAGGUAUUUACUUAUAGCAUUUAAAUUCUAAAGCAAACGAAAAUUAUUAAAUAACAUUAAAUCAAAUGCAAUUAAACACGAAACGUGUGUAACACACCGUAAAAACCAAGCAAAGAGUUUUCACGUUUUAGCCAUUGAACGAGGGGAAAACUAGCGCACUUUUUCGUACUUUAACUGACAAAAACCGCAAAAUCCAUAUAUAUUUAAUGAUAUUAAAGGGAGUAGGGAGUAAACGGAUAGCGAGCAGAUACGAUUAUAAACGUGAAUAGUAAACGAGAAAGUAAGACAAAUUUUAGAGAAAUCGGUUUUUACCUAAGGUUAAGGCAAGAUGAUAUUUCCGGUUUUCCUCUUUUAACUGCCAUUUCCGUUUCCCAUUUCCCGCCCACAAAUCCCACAGCGCGUCGCGGGAAGAGCUCCCAAUCCUGUUGACACUUUUCAGUGCAUAUUAUAUAAUGCAUCUAUACAUAUAUAAAUAAAUCCACUAAUAUACAUAUAUAUAAAUACACAAUUAUUGUAAUAACAAUAUAAGUCUGUAAAUUUGUUAACAUUUCUAAAAGCCAACAAAUGGGGCAAAGCGGGGCAAGAUUAACCAAAUCGCGCUCAGUAGUUGUACUACAAUCACAAAAGAAAGACCCCCGAUCCCAGAUACGAGCCAAACAUGCGACCCACUUAGAAAUCAUCCAAAUGUGUGAUUUGUAGAGUGCCGAAUGUGGAUUGAGAUCGGUCAAUGGGCGCGAAUCGAAGUCAGAAAAUUGUUGAGCAGCCGCUUUAAAAUCAAAACAAAGCAAAGUAAACAUUAAA